UCUUAUUUCUUUUUCAAAUCGUUGCUGCGGGGUGAGAACACAGCUUUUCAUCGCCGCUUGAGCGUUACAUAACCGAGUGGCAUUAGCUGUCCGAGGUGCUGAAGUGAACGGUCGGAGGACUAUAACGGGACGAGCCGAGGGGGAAUUCACAACCUUGCAAGGUCACAGGCCUAUCAAUCGGGGGGAAGAGGAAAAACGCGCCUCUCGCUGAACCACCGGGAAGCAGCUGGGUUAUAUUCAUAUUUUUUUCCCCAUCAUCAUCUGUGGUGAAAUACAUUCCUGUAGCUGGUUGAUUCAACGGAGAGAAAAUGUCGGGGCAAACGCUCACGGAUCGCAUUGCCGCUGCGCAAUACCAGCUAACGGGAUCAGAUAUGGCCCGGGCUGUCUGCAAAGCCACCACUCAUGAAGUGAUGGCGCCCAAGAAAAAGCACCUGGAGUACCUGGUGUCAGCCACCAAUACCACCAACGUGAACAUCCCUCAGAUGGCUGACACGCUGUUUGAGCGAGCCACCAAUGCCAGCUGGGUGGUCGUCUUCAAGGCACUCGUCACCAGUCAUCACAUGUGUGUCCACGGCAACGAGAGGUUCAUUCAGUACUUGGCUUCCAGGACCUCCCUGUUCAAUCUCAGCAAUUUUAUCGACAAAACAGGCUCCCACGGCUAUGACAUGUCUACAUUCAUCAGACGGUAUGGACGAUACCUGAACGAGAAAGCCUUCGCCUACCGCCAGAUGGCUUUUGAUUUCACCAGAGUCAAGAAAGGUGCUGAGGGCGUGAUGAGGACCAUGACCACUGAGAAGCUGUUGAAAGGCAUGCCUGUUCUGCAGACUCAGAUUGACACACUCUUGGAGUUUGAUGUUCACCCCAAGGAACUGAACAAUGGGAUCAUCAAUGCUGCAUUUCUGCUCCUCUUCAAGGACCUGGUCAAACUGUUUGCAUCCUACAAUGACGGAAUCAUCAACCUAUUAGAGAAAUACUUCAAGAUGAAGAAGAGCGACUGUAAGGAGGCUUUGGAGAUCUACAAGAGGUUCCUGACCAGGGUGACAAAGAUCGGGGAAUUCAUGAAGCUGGCUGAGACAGUUGGAGUCGACAAAAACGACAUUCCUGACAUCAACUACGCUCCCAGCAGUAUCCUGGAGAGUCUGGAAACACACAUGAACGGUCUGGAAGAUGCAAAGGGUGGAAAGAAGGGUGAAGGGUCUCCAACAAAGGGGUCUCCGACAAACAACGUGUCUCCGACAUCGACCCCAGCCAAAUCUUCAAACGCUGUUCCCACACUGCAGCCACCUCCAGGAGAGGCUGCCGCCGCCGCUGCUGCUCCUGAACCAGCUGAAGAUUCCUUGUUGGACCUGGAUCCACUGUCCUCCUCGGGUCCCUCAGCACCAUCAGCUGCCCCCACGUCUUGGGGAGAUCUUCUUGGAUCAGAAAUGGGCGAUUCCUUGCUAUCUGAACCCACCCUCACGGCAGAGCCCGCCCCUUCCUCUGCAGCAGCAACGCCCACUCCUGCAGCGGCAGAACCCGGAGUCUCUCUAGCUCCUCCCACUAGCACAGCAGCCGCCACCUCCCCUGGCGCCGCCAAUAUGGAUCUGUUGGGAGAUGCCUUUGCAACACCUGCUCCUGCCACUGAGGCCUCUGCAGCCGCAGCUGAAGGUGGGGCUGCCGCUACGUCUGCCCCAGCCGCCAACGCUGGAGCUGAGUCCACAGGAGGAGGCGAUGCCACAGCUGCUGCUGCUGCUGCUGCUCCUGCUGCUCCUGCUGCCCCCGGUGCGGAGCUCAUGUCAGUAUUUGAUGGACUAGGAGAUGUAAUGAAGCCCACUCUGACCCCUCAGACGGGUGAUGUUGACACCUCCAUGGCUAACAUGGCAAGUAAUCUCACAAUGGGAACCUCAGCGGCCCCUCAGGUAGCUCCCCCCUGUUGGGGUGCUCCCAUGACUGGGGCACCGGGAGCUCCCAUGAUGCCCAUGGUGAGGCCAGGCUUCCCUGCCACGGGAGCGACCCCCGGAGCACCGAUGUCUCCUGGAGUGGCCCAGAGUCCCAGGAAGCCUCCACCACCAAGGAACGCCCUGGAUGACCUCAACAUUAAGGACUUCAUGUAGACUGACUGACCUGUAAUCUCCCAAGGUUUGUCAUUGUGUCUGGAGCUCUGUGGAUGUGGAUGUCUGCACUUCCCUACUGCCUUCCCCUCAGUCAUGCCCCAGCCCCUUCAGCCAACCAGCCAUUACAUCUUCAAUCUUUACCCUGUGACCUCCUACCAGCCGCGACCCCCCCUAAAAAAAACCCCUCUGCCCUCCUUAUCUAAUGUUGUAGCACAACUGUGAAUGUGAACCCUAGAUACAGAAAAACGAAAUUCUGUUUAUGUGUGUGUGGGUGUGCGUGUAAUUCAGUGUUAACCUUUACUUAAUAUACUAUGGAAAAAUGAACAAAAAAAAUAAUAAAUGUGUAUUUAGAUUCAUUCUGGAUUUCCGCGUAUCAGCUGACUUGGAAUGGUGGAUAUAUGUUGGUUUCUUUGCGCAUCUCCCAGACGAGGACUAUGUUGUUAAAUGUGGACUGUGUUCGGUGUGUGUAACUUCACUGGCCAAGCCCCACUCCCACUCCUGUUGUCCAGACUAAUACUGAGCUAUGUUUAUGUCAUUAAAAACUUGGUUGUUCCUAUAUCUGCUCAGCCAUCCAUCCUCCCACCUGUCUACUUCAAGUUUUUGGAGAACAAUUCUUGAUCAAAAUGUACCUGAGAAAAACUUGCACUGCAAAUCUGGACGUAUCAUCGAACACAUCAAACUGUGUUCACUUUCAUUUUUACUUUGUCUUUUUUUCUUUUUUAGGGAUUGUAUGAAACAUGCAAAAAAAAAAAAAGUGAACUGUGUUCGAAUUGACAUAUGCAUUUUAGACUAUUUUAAAUGAUAGAUUAUACAUAUUUUCUUUAAUCUUUAUUUUGAAAGACAAAAAUGUAUCAUAUAUUUUUAGUUACGUCAAAUUCUAUGGUUGCAAAAAAAAAAGGCAAGUAGACUUAAAAACUUUCCCGCCUUCUUUGUACAUACCUCUCAAUCUGUAAUCAGAGGCAGUAUUGAACGGAAACUUUGCCCUGAGUGUUUACUGUUUCGCCCUCUGCUGGUGUGGAGUGAUACUGCAUCGUAGCAUGCGACACAGGUCUAUCUGGGAUGCAUUCUCUCAGAGAGCUCCUUUCCUUGUCUCAAUCGCUACACACACACAAGAUGAUUUAAUAUUAGGGUGGAAAUCCAAGAGACAAGGAAGCAUUUGUGUAUGUGAUUGGAAUGUGGCCUCAGUCUUCUUUGGGUCAUUUGUGACGCAGCAGCGGUCAGUACAUUUCUUCGUGUACUGUCACUGGAAGUCUUGAGGACUCUCACUGUAAAGCACUCAAGUAUACGCUGGAUGUUCUGUGUGUUGUUUCUUUCCAAAAGUGACUGUAUCUUAAUCCAUUGUGGCAUUAACAAAGUGUUGAAAGAAAAAUAAAGAUGAAUAUGACACAUAAAAACAAAAA